AUGGCCGACGGUAGUAGUGUCGCCGAGCGCCGCAUCCGCCCAAUUCAGGAUGCGGUUGCUUCAGAGAAUUGGAAGCAGGCCCUCAAAGAGUGCGAGAAAUGGCAGAAGAAGGGUGAGAAGUCAGACAAGUUUCUGGCUCUCAAAGCCUACGUUCUCGUCAACCAAGCCGACCGUAGCCAAAUCGAUAGAGGCCAGUCCGAGACUCUUGGGCUCUGCAGUCGAACACCGGCCGUUACCGAUUUUGAUGCCAUACAUACACUACAAGAUGCCCUUCGCGACCUGUCGCUCGAGACCCAAGAGGGAAACAAGCUCUGGGAGCGCGCUGCAGCCGCAAAGUCCGGCGACAAGACUCUGCUCAUGACCUGGCUCGACAGCUGCCUCGAGGACUCCCAAUGGCAGUCUGCUCAGAAGGCCGCCAUGGCGCUGCGCAAAGCAUUCCCCAACGACCGUAACUACGAUUUCUGGAACAUCCUACUGUGUUUCCUGGUACACCAGGAUAAGAGCCUGGGCGACAAAGAAAGGACACUUUUCGGAACGCUUGCGUAUCGGCUUGUAAGCAAGGCGGUAGAAGGCGUACCAAAGAGCACGGAGCAGGUCUUGAGCCCAGGCAAGGCAGUGACAGCGCCUGAGGAAAUUGCACUCCUAGUACAGAUCUAUCUGGCUACAGGACACGCCAAUGAGGCAGUAAACUUGUUGACUGGGCCUAGUUUGAGCGUUGAGUCUACGGUCGGUGGUCAGGAUCCUGCUCUCGUAGUAUCGUUGCUAUUGCAAGCCCUCGGUACGACCAAGGACUGGCCAAAGACCUUCGAAGUUUGCAAGCGACUGUUACAUUCCUCGAACUACAAAGACGAUGAUCGUGUGUGGAGACUCAUCAAGCAAAACGAAGAAUGUGCGAAGGGCUCGACAGAUGAUCAAGUUGGAGAGCUCCUGGCAAUACCCGCGACUGACGGGGAGAAGCCCUCUCGCUGCUUGCUGCUGAAAAGGCUCGAGCAGGUUACCGAGAAAGCCGACUUCUCUCCUGACGAAGCUCUACCCAUCUACAAGGAGUUUUUUGCAGCGUUUGCCAACAGGUCUUUUGCCUUCUCGGACUUGCGUCCCGCCCUUGAACGUCUUGACAAGCAGUCGCUUCAGACAUUAGCUUCUUCGUUCAACUCCAGUUCGCUGGCAGCCGAACUCUUCGCUCUCAAGACAUCUCGACUGUGCCCCAGCCCGGAUACCAAAGACCUUUUCGCACACGCCACAGGCGCCCUCAGACUUUAUGACACCUCCCUAGAUGCAGGCACCCCAGUCCUAGAAGCACCUGUCCUGGCUGCUCUCUCUCUGAUCCAGCUGUCCUUCUCGAUCUCCUCCCGAGCGCUCCUCCUCAAAGCUACAGUCAUCCUCGAAAGAUGCCAUAGCAAGCACGAGGAUUUCUUUCCAGCAUCAGUCCUCCUUGUCUCACUCUAUCGACAUCUUGGCUUCUUGUCGCUGGCCCUCUCAACCUUCAGCUCCUUGUCCGUGAAGAAUCUGCAAUGGGAGACGGUAGGGCAUCUUUGCCUCACUCGGAUCAGUACACUUCAUCCACACCUUUUAGAGGACGUGGCUGGCCACAACGGCAAGAAAAAGAUACUAUUUAGUCCAUUGCAAGCCGUCGAGAGUACAUUACAAAAUGUUGACAAGGUUAUUGCCGGCUUGGCUGACAGUGUCAAACGUGGCCUUCGUGAAGGGUCUUACUCUAAUAUUCUCGAUGCUGUGGACACGAAGACACAAAUUGACAAGAGCGAAUGGAAUGUUGUUUGCGGCCUUGAGGAGCGAAAGCUAUUACGAAUGACAGCGGUUGACUUGGCCAAUUCCCACCCAAAGGUCCAGUGGCGUCAAGAUGUGGAGCUCAACGACUUACGGGACACUUCUUAUCUACCUCAUUAUUCCAACGGUGAUGAGAAGGUUUGGACAAUGUUACGGUGCGGGCCAGACCCUGGAGCAGGUUGGGCGGCAGCAAUGCUGUUGUUUGAACGCUUGUUGGAUUAUUUGGACCCAGUGGGAGAAAAAGAGGUCAAGGAAAGGGAAUGGGCGGCUCUUGAGGAAGAACAGCAAAGAGCCAGCAAGCAUUUACUCAACGACGAGUUGAACGAAGGGCAACUCACCGGUCCGGAGGAGGACCUAUACCGAUCAGUACUGCACGUUGUCGACCUUGUCAGGAGUUCAAAAGAUGGCAAGAAUCAUGAUGAGGAUGCGCUGGCUGCCGUUGAAAAAACCCUCGCCGAGUGGCUCAAGGAAAAGCAUGAUGUCGAACACAGUGGCAGCUGGAGACACUUGCAUCACUGGUAUGUCGGCUACGAGCUCUCACAUCUGGUACACGCAUUUACCACCUGGGCCGCGCGGGCGACUUUACCUUCCGCUGCCGGUGACGCGAAGGGCAAGCGAAAAGGCAAAGCCGUUGUGCAGAACGUAGGGAACCCCAUCCCCGAAGACAAGCUCGCACAGCUCGAGCAGCUCGGCGUCAAGCUCAGGGAUGGCAUCCGUGGAGCAGCGCAGCAGGCCAAAGCAAGCUUGGUCGAGGGAGGAGCCCUUGGCCGCAUCAUGGAGAUGGUCCUACCUGCUGAAGGCGAAGCCGCCGAGUCUGGUGACAUCGGUGGUGAGGGCGAGCGCGAGGAAAAGGAGUUCAGUCAGGUGCUCAGGCAGUAUAUCGAUGCGACGGGAGGCGACGGCGCUGCAGAGGUCAGUGUGGGCAAAUGGCUGGAGAGCGAGGAGGAUGCUUAUACGGGCGUGUUGGCUUCUGAUCGCGUCUUGGGCGAGAGAUUCGCGGCUAGACCUGUUGAUGGCCAAAGCAGGAAGUAG